AUGCCAAACCACAGAACAUACGCAUCAUCCAUUAUUCGCACAUGCACACACAAAAUGUCCACGCUCAUUGCCCAAGCGUUUGACAUGCGCGAGGGCUUUCCUGCGGACAGCCGAGAAGGGCGCAGCGGAAGAACCACAGAGUUUUACAAGGGUGUUCUGGCUAGAGUGCGCCUGUUUCUCCCCGAGUGCGUUUUUCCUUUGGUAGGAUACAGCUUUCUGCUUGUGCUCGGGUCUGUGUUUCUUAGCGUGCUGUUCGCAGAAAACGCUCUAGCAACAAACAAGCUGCUUCUCCUGGUGGACGAUCCGUACAUGAUUAGGAUGGAGCUUCCGGUCGUGUGCUUUUUUCUUAUGUGGGGAGUGACUGUGUUUUUGCUAAUUUUUGCUGUGGCGUUUCUGCUUCAAACUGCAGGAGGGUUUGUUAGGCAUGUGUAUGCAGAGUCCGCCCACAGCUGCACCCUUUCUAUUCUAGCGAUGGUCUGUGCUGCCUGCUGCGCGUGCGCAUAUGCAGCAUGCGUCCAGAAGGUUUUCGGCGCGCUUAGGUGGAUGCUAAAGUCAAACACGCCCUGGAGCUACACAUGCGCUAUUGCAGCCCCUUUUCUGCUGGUGCAGGCAUACAACGUAAUAGAGCUGCUAAACCUGGCCAAGCACAGGAAGUUCAAAAUAAGCGCAAGCGAGACUUUUGUGUACGCCUACAUACUUUGCUCGUUUGUUAUACACGGGGCGCUGGCCUUCCACUGCUUUCGGCUUUCGCGGGACUUUGGCUUUAUUAAGCUUACCAAGGCCCUUCUAGGGCAGCUUGCAGCUCCAAGAGAAGGGGUGAAGCUGCGCCUGCAAAGAAAGUGA